AUGAUUACCAGAUUCCUGACCGACGUCCGCGUAGCAUUCAAUCCCUUCUCCCCGCGCUCAAAACCCGCCCGCCUCUUCCUCUCCUUGAUCCCACCGAAUGCACGCCAAGAUGGCAUGAAGAUUGAGUCCAAGAUGCUGCCACGAGAGAGCAAGGAGCCUGCGAGCCUAGCUGUCAAGUUCAAGGACGGCAAGGAGAUGAAGCUCGAUCUCAGCAACAUGCGCAUAACACAAGUCGUCGAGGAAGUCGACAGACACUCGCGGUCGUUGGCACGGAAAGACGAACUGGCAGGCAACUGA